GCAAAAAAUGAGAGGAAGAAGAGAAGAAAACAACCAUAAGCUCCGGUGGACUUUCCAACAAACCGCCAAACGCACACGAAGUUAGAAUAGAGAAUGGAGAACAACAACAAGACCCCAAACGACAAAUACCUAACCCCCCCGGAAAAAAUUUGAGCAUCACGCUUCGAGAAUGUUCGCGUGCAUGGUACGUUUCACUUUCAGAGCCCGCGGCCUGGGUGAUCUUCGAAACAUUUGUUCGGCCGCCCGGCAAAGGAAACCUGACGCAAAGUUGACCAAAGCAAAAGAGCCGCCAUCAAUGCCACGUGGGUCAAGUAUCAUCGUUCUGGCCUGGCUGCUGCUGCUGCUGCUGCUGCUGCUGCUGCUGGGGCUUGUCGUCGCUGCCGGGGUCGAUGAUGGGACGCUCUCGCGGCGGCAUUCGAUGCUCCAUCGUCAGCGGUGGCCGUCUUCUCGCAUCCCUGAUCACCAACAAAGCCUCCUUUCCCUUUUCGAUGACUUCUGUGGCCCGGUCACGGGGCCGGGUAGUAGUAGUGGCAGUCAAAUGUGCAUCGGUGCCCAGUCCGUUCGUCUCGGUCUCUGCUGCCGCCGCCGCCGCCGAGACCGCAUCCUCGCAGUAGCUGGCGGCCAUCUGCUCCAGCUCGUCCAGCAUGUCCUCGGGCGUGUCCCGUCUGUCUCGUUUGGUCAGGUGGCCAUCCCCGGGCUCGCCGUCGUCGUCGUCGUCGUCGUAGGAGAGGGCCCGCUUCACGCCGUGGGCAUGGACGCCGUCGGCGAAGAAGGGGUUGCUCCGCAGCUCAGUUGGGGUGAUGAGGUCGAUGAGCACGUCCUCGGCAUUGGGCCGCUCGAGCUGUGCUGACGUGUAUGAAGACUGCGAGUUGGAAGUCGUCUGCUUUCCCGACAGCGGCUCGGGUGUCCGCGAGAGCGACGGUCCCCGUGAAGUCGGUCUCGACCCGGACUGAAGCGCACCGCUGC